CUGCAAGCACAUUUUACAGUCUCUUAAAUUUUUUACAUCUCUAAUUUUUCUGAAUUCUCUUUCUGAUUAUCUCCGAUUCUCUUGAUUUUUUUAGCUUACUCUGUUGCAUCAAAUCAAUUUUGUUGUGAAUUUAAGACUAAUCGGAUGUAAACAGCAUCAGCUGCUUUAGUGAAAUAAAAUGAAAUCUUUGUUUGCUAUUUUUUUUAUAACUUGUGUUGGAGCUGAAGAGUGUGGACGAACAAAAGUCGGCACUGCAUUUUCAAUUGGUAGUGAAUAUGCAACUAAAGGUCAGUGGCCGUGGAUGGCUCCUCUGUUUUAUCACAAUGACGACAAAUUCUUCUGUGGCUCAACGAUUAUUAGUAAACAGCAUUUGCUAAGUGUUGUGAUUAUGUUGACAAGAAUUCGUAAUAACAUUGACGACAUGGUCAAGAAAAUCGAGGAAAAUAAUCGAAUGACGCAGUUCGGCUUUUACAGUGUUAGUGCUGGUUUAUUGAUUUAUGCUUGCUAUCGAAAACGACCACUGAAAAAAUUUGUCAGAGCUUCCGAUAUUCCGAAUCAUUUUAUUACCGAAAAAAUUGUCCAAAGAGGUUUUGUGACUAAGAUUCAGCCAACUCAAAAUAGUGGACCACUAUUGAUGGUUAAUCAUAAACCACCAAUUGGAUUGCCAUUUAGAUCCGACCAAUCGCUUCCCAUUAAGAUUUCCGGCAUUAACGUUGGUAAUCUCGGCUACGGAUGGCUUGAAGCUGUUGUCAAGGACAAAGAAGUAACCUUCAUCCCAUUUUCAAACUCUGGUAGUAAUGCUGAAGCACAAGUGUUCUUAAUUGAGGAUCCACUCAAGAAACCAAUCGAUAUUGGCAAGGCAUUAACGUCCAUUGGAUUCGCUCAAACUACAAACAUACCACAAAAAAAGGAUAAUUACGCUCAGAAAUAUUUCAAACAAUUGCAGUCAAAUGAAAGCACCGCAAAAUUCUUCCAUAAAGGUCAAUGGUCAAAUUUGCCUGAAAAAUUCAGUUGGAUGAGGAAAGGAUGUGAAGGAAUUUUGUUCACAUUGAUGCCGCAUCAUAUGAGAGUUCCUCUUCUUGUUCCUUCACAUUGUUUCAAGAACAAAGGCGACUCAUCGACUCUAGCACCAAAUAGAGUAUAUUCGCUCCUCGGCAUUCAUGAUCUCAAUAAAACAGAUGAAAGAGGAAUAGUCAGAGCUCAAAUUAGCAACAUUAUAAUCCAUUCAGACUGGAGUUCGCAAAAAGAAACUUAUGAUGGAGACAUUGCAAUUUUAAGACUCGUAAAUAAAUUAGUUUUUACAAAUUACAUCCAACCGGUUUGUUUGCCUUCAUCAAAUAUGAAUGUAUUUGAAGUUGAUGGAACUGUCGUUGGAUAUGGACUGUCUGAUGAUACUGCUGAAGCUCAUGAGAUGAAGCCUAAAUUUGUAAGAAUAAGUUCAAUAACACAGGAAGAUUGUUUGAUAGGAAGAGAUGUAAUUGCGAGGAUUUCAAGCAAGAGGAUGUUUUGUGCUGGAAGUAUUGGGAAGAAUCCAUGUCGAGGCGAUUCCGGUGGUGGAUUUCAUGUCAAACUUGGUGGUUCAUACUUCAUCGUAGGAAUAAUAUCAUCUUCAGUUUACCGUGAAUGCCAUGAAAAUGAGUUUGUUUUAUUCACAAAUGUACCGAAAUUUAUGAGCUGGGUGAAUAGAGAAAUAACAGGAAAUAGAAUUUCUGAAUGGAAGCUGGAGCCGCUAAAGUGCGAAUAUGAGGAAAACAUUGAAUAUGAACGCUUUGAAUGCUUCAGUCCAUUUACUCUAAAAUCUCUCGAGUCAAACGUUAAAAUCUCAUCAAUUGAUGGCAUGCCAACGAAUGGAAAGACUUUUAAUGAUGUCAACACAGUCAUCAUUAAACAAGCAAAAGUGACAUUUAUUCCUGACAUGACCAUCGUGACUGAAAAAUUCACAAAUUUGACUGAAUUUUAUAUCGUUUUGUGCGGUCUGAAAUUCAUCGAACGAGCGAAGCUUUCAAAAAUGCCAAAGCUUAAAAAUUUAAAUUUCUAUGGAAAUGAAAUUGAACAUUUUGAUGAAGACGUGUUUGAUGAUUUGAGAAACUUGGAAAUUCUCGCAUUUGUUAAUAAUAAAAUCAAAAUUUUGCCGCAAAAGCUCAUCUGGAAUUUGAUUAAUCUUAAAGAAAUUUGGUCAUAUACAAAUCCUAUUGAAGCGAUUCCAAUUAGAUUCUUUAAAAAUAACAAAAAAAUUGUUAAAGCUUGGAUGGGAUACAGUAAAAUUAAAAGAAUUGAAGUCAAUUUCAAAGCCUUACCAAAUUUAGAACUUCUGGAUUUGCGAGAAAAUGUUUGUAUUGAUUUGCAGUUUUGUAAGUCUUGUGGGAAAUUAAUUGAAGAUGUUCAGGACAAAAUUGAUGAACAGUGUGGACCAGAGAGCACAUUUGUGUCUGCUAAUGGCUCAAAUGUCGUGUAA